AGCGGUUUUCUUCUAGAACUUUUUCUAGAACAAGGCUCGACUAGGACUACGUUUCCUUUUUUAUCCGCAUUUAUCUUUUCCAUCAUCUCUUGAACUUGUGUACCAUACCGACAUUGGUUGUAUCAUUCUGCACUUCUCUACUACUUACACAGAUUAUAAUCCCUGUUUACUGUACAUACUAAGUCGUACUAUCGCGUUUAUUUGAUUCUAAAGUUUAUCUUUUUUGCUACGUCGCUUCACAGAAAUAUUAAGUAACAAUGUCGUCGGACGCGCCACCUCCACCGCCGAUUACGGCCAGUACCAUUGCUGAUCCGACUAACGCAGCUGCAGCUCCACCCCGUGUGGCCAGCAAUACUGCUGCAGCCGCGCCGACGUCGCUGACCCCUGCCGCCGUCCCAGUCAACGUGGGUGUGCAGCAGCAGCAGCAGCAGGUCCUGUCUGCUCAACCACCAGCGCCCGCACCGCCACGUUAUGUUCACCAGCCGAAUGCAGGAGUGAUGCCUGGAUCCGGACCAGCAGCCAUGGCUGGUGGACAACCUGUAGUGACCCACCACCAGCCACAGUGCAUCAACAGCAAUUACCAGCAGCCGCCGCAACAGGUCGUCGCACACCAACACCAGCAGUACUACGCCCAGCCGCACCAUGUGACGUCGGUCCAGCAAGGCGGCCCGGCGCACCUGCAGACGCCGGUGGCUGCUGCUCCUGCCCCGGUGCAGUACCACCAAAUUCCGCACCGGCAGAACCCCGCGUACACGGAAGUUCAAUUUGAUGACGACUCAAGCCCGCCACCGUCGUCCGGGUGCUCUUAUGCAUUGUUGCAAAUCUCCUAGCGUACUUUUGCUUUUUUGCAGAAACUGCAUAUAGCAUUUUUAUUUUCAAGCAUCUCUAUCUCGAUCUUUGUAUUGUCAUCGUCACGCUGAAAGAAAAAUUUCAAAGACAAAAAAUGUGUCAUGCAUGGUUGCACCAAUUAAAAUCAGUACGACUACGAUUUAGAUUUUGCACAGGAUAGCUCUGCGGGGGUGGUGAUUUUGAUUGUAGCGGUGGUGCUGCUCGUCGUGGGUGGAAUUACCGCCGGCGUGGUGAUGUGGGUCGUGCACACGAAUAAUGCCGUAUGAACGUUCACAGUUCCUCCUCCCCCUCACUUCGAAUGCAAAAACAGAACUCCAGCUGUUGCCUUUUGGCACUAUCUUACGUUCUAAAUUUUUGCAACUGCAACACCCGAAACAGAAGUUUAAUAUUACGAUCUAUGCAGAGGGGGCAUAGGCUUGUCCUGCAGGACGUUCAUUUCAUUUUGCCAUUCAUUGUCGUGCUGGUUCUGCAUAAGAAAUCAAUGAGGGACGAGGGGAGGAGUUUUGUACCCUCAUACGUCGCCCAGGAAUCGUACCAGGCUCAACCGGUGGGAACAGGCGGAGUAGGUACCGGCGCAGGACCGGGAAAUGGUAUAAAAAUCUUGUUGGUCGCCUAUCUUUUUCUUUGACUGUUCAGCCACCGAACGGAUCAUCUUCUGUUAGAGCCAUUGAUCAUUCUCCAAUACCAUCUUGAAUCUUCCUUAUAUCGCCGCCGCCUCUUCGUCUUCCCCUCGACGGUUUUGUAUCAAGAUGAAAUUAUAGAAUUUACUGCAUGUGAUUUUUUUUCGAGACUUAGUUCCCGAUGAUCGCGUUGGUGUACUUGUUGUUUGCUUUAGACUUUAUUCUACUGCAAUCUUCUACUUCCUACAGGUGGCGGCCUUGGCAGCAACAAUAACAAUAACAAUAACAAUAACAACAACACUAACAAUAACAACAACACUAACAACAAUAAUAACAACAACAAUAAUAAUCCACCGUUGCCGAUGUUUAGCCCGCCUGGCCCCCCGCCCCCGGCCCCGUGGGUGCCCGGGCAGGCGGCUGUGGCGCAGCCCAGUCACGUGCCGCUGAGCUACGACUCGAGCACCGGCGAGACGAUUUUUGUCCUGGACGAAGCCCAGCGCACGAAGCAAGUGCCGGACCUGCUCGGAAAAAAGCAGGUUGAGUACUUCAACUACUUGAAGUAUUCGCAGUUCGAAAACGACCCGUGGAAGGAAACACUCCCGGGGAACCACUUCGAUCUGUUGGAGGAAGGAGACGUGUUCAUCGCGGAGGAGGGGACCGACGCGGGAAAAGCGACUUUGAAAAAGCGGUUGGAAACAGCGGCCACGGAGACGUUGGUGCAUCACUUUUCGGAGAACAUCACGAAAGAUCGGAUCCACCUCGGGUUGACCAACCCGAAAAGGAACCGGAAGGAUGCGUGGAGCACGGCAGGAAGCCCGGAUAAAAGCGUCAGGGACAAAAACGGUCUGAUUCGGUACUUUUUCGAAAUAUUCAAAACAGACCAUAUGACUGGAGCAGAUCGUAUUUUUGACGUGUCCUGCUACCAGCACGAACUGAACCGCGUCUGGGACGGCGACGAUUUUAAUUGGACCUCGCCGACUCACUGGACCGAAAAACGGGUCCUGGCGAUGAAGUACCGCCUGAAAGCGCAAAUGGAAGAUUUCUUGCAGGUGCGGCUUCACCACCGCGAGCUGGACUUUUUGUUUUCGCAGUUCCACCUGGACGGCCGUGGGGGCCGGAUGCACGGGCACUCAGCUGUACUAGGUCGUCUGUUUGAGAUGACGGAAAAUAAGGUGCGGAAGAUCGUUCAGGUGCUUUUCUGGGCGGCUUUCUUCUCCCGGCUGCGCAUCGGGCGACUGAUUAUGCACCAGAAGAACGACACCUGGGAUCAGGUUCCGGACCCUGUCGUGGCGGACGCGCGCGUGUUUCGCAAUCCCCACGCGCCGGCGGUGUCGGAUGUAGACAACCAACCGCUUUCCCCUAAUCUGGGCUUUGACCGCACCAGCUUCGCACCGCCGAAGAUUCUGUACCAUUACACGUCGCAGUACCGGCUGAGAGGUAUCCGCUCCUCGGGAAAACUGAAGGGCACCACAGGUAGGAUACAUGAAACGACUGGUGUGCAUUUGACCAAUUUGCAGCCGGGGCUUUGGAGUUCGGAGGAGCAGAAAGUCGAGGUUAACAUCGAACAAGACUAUUUUCGCCAGUGCGUGAUCGCGCUCGAUACUGACGCGGUGGCGAAGAAACAAGGGUUCUAUUUCGACCGGUUUGCCACGGUAACCGAUGCCGCUGGGUCUGGCGUGUUGCACUCUUAUUCUCAUCCCGUGCACUACAUGUCAGGCGAUGGGCCGAAGAUUCUUCCGGGAGAUUUUCACGACAGUGAAGAUGCUACCUUGUGUAAAAACGUGGCCUACGCCCCAUCUUUGUCAUGCAAAUCUGCAUUUUAGUAUUAUAUUAAUUAAAUCCCAAUAUGCUCCUUCUCGUGCGCAGGCCCACUAGAAGCGUUUUCUAGUCAUGUUUGUGUUUCGGAAUUUGUAAUCCUCGGGCCAGGAUAUUGACAAGGUUCUCAAUUUCUGACGAUGCGGCUAAACUUGCGAAACAUACAUGGCUACUUAGACUCCAAGGCCAAAUCUGUCUUACGCAACGCACAAAACUUGGCUGACUCGGGCGGCAAAAUGUUGCACAUCUUGACUUUAAUAAGGGGGGGACGUUUUUACACAGGAUACGGCUGACGCCGACCUCCACUGAUGCUCCGGCGUACGCCCGCCUUCUAGAACCGGUUGCAGCACACUAUUGGGCACAGGGAAUGGGAAAGCUGCGCUCCCAGAUUUUUGUGCCGGAAACGGGCACCCCGGGGGUCGAUGCCGACCUGAUGCGUCGCCUUUCUGACGAGCGCUCGGAGGAAGUGAAGUGGGAGCUCUACACCAACAUUCCCCGGCUUAACGCCACCCGCUCCAACGGCACCUAUCUGGAUGGCCCAAAUUCGCACUGGAUCGCCCGGAAACGGUCGGACUACUUGAACCCGCGGGGGCGCCGCGAGGGGGUUGACUUCUUGGUCGGUGACGCAUCAGGGAUCGAUCUGAAUGGUCUGCAGGAAGGCGUGGAUUUCCUGGCUAUCUGCGAUCUGGACGCUUCGGAUUCCACACGCAAGAACAGGCAACACGACUUGUUGAAUGCCUGGGUCGGUCUCAAGGAAGGCCGCUACAAACCUCUGGAGACGCCACGAUAAGCUAGAAAUCGGCUUUGUGCGCCUUGACUUUGAGAAGUUUUGCACGCUGGCUCCUGCUGUAACUUGCUUUUCAACAGUGGACGAGCCGUGAUCGUGCCUGCUUCGAGAAAUAUGCACAGCUUUUAGCAACUUAAAGAAAAGAUUCAGAUUGAGAAGUGUCCAGAUACAGAGAAGAAGAUAGAUGAAAUUUUGAUUGUAUGAUUCUCAUUCUCAAGAGCAUAUUAAACAUAAAAGCUUAAGCCAGCAAAUGUGUUGGGCUUUUGACCAACUCCUGUGUUGAUCAUGAAGGUGAGUAAUUACCCCUAUUAGACAGUGAACAGAUCGCUUCAUAGCUAUAGUUCGUCACAUUGCACACUUACGAGAGACACUUUUCACACAUAAACAUGAUUUCUCCAGGAUUUAAAGGAAAAAAAAAACGAGGGUGACACUGCAGUUGACACAACAUGCAGGGGGAUAUGAACACAUGCGGAGGAUACUUAAUAAGUUAGCAUAUUCAUUAGGUGGUGGUAGGGCUCCUGUUGGGUUGUAUCUUUCGAACCCUUCUAGUUGCGGAGGCAAUAGCGUUCGGUGGACCCUGAUCGGUCUGUCUCCCACAAGUGGGAAUACAUCGGAUGGAGGCACCGUGGCGUGUUGCCCGAUGUGCCUGGCUCUUGGUGCAAUCCAGUGCCGGCAAGCAACGUCGGGAUUUUGUAGGUAGUUGAUUGUAGAAGCAAUUUUUGGCUCGCCUGACGACUCAUUCUGAAUUUGUUGCUAAACACAACAUUUAUAGUUUUACUAAGACCAUCACCAUUGAUUCGUUUUGAACCCUGUCUACCCAAUUUGUUUUGAACCCUAACUUCGAACUCUCUUUCUGUUCUUGUUAGUUCAGUUAACAAUGAGCUGCUCCCGCC